AUGAGCUCAUUUGAUCCACAGAUACACUCACCACCACGCUGCAGCCCACAAUUUCCAAACAUCGGCCAGGAACCACCUGAAAUGAACAUCUACUAUGAAAACUUCUUCCACCCCCAGAAUGUUCCUAGUCCGCAAAGGCCCACAAACUUUGAAACAGGGGACUACUCUGCUGCACCCAAUCCUUACUUGUGGUUGAAUGGACCUGCCAUUAAUUCUUCACCGUACCUGCCAGGAUCCAACGGUAGCCCAUACAUCCCACCAUCCUAUGGAAUGCAAAGGCAACUCUUGCCCAACAUGCACGGCUUGACGGGGAACGAAAUGGGCUGGCUCCCUAUGCCUUCUCAGGAGGAGCUGAUGAAGCUGGUCAGGCCACCGUAUUCCUAUUCUGCCCUGAUUGCCAUGGCUAUCCAUGGGGCACCAGACAAGAGGCUGACACUCAGUCAGAUCUACCAGUACGUGGCAGACAACUUCCCCUUCUACAAUAAAAGCAAGGCUGGUUGGCAGAACUCCAUUCGCCACAAUCUGUCCCUCAACGACUGCUUCAAGAAGGUGCCCCGGGAUGAAGAUGACCCAGGGAAAGGCAAUUACUGGACUCUGGAUCCAAACUGUGAGAAGAUGUUUGACAAUGGAAACUUUCGGCGGAAAAGGAAGAAGAAAUCUGAUUGUACUGCCAGCACGGUGUCUUUGGCUUCUGACAAAUCAGAGGACAGUGCCUUAAGUGGCAGUCCCAAGGCUCCAGAACACCCAGAUAUGUUGGAAAGCUCAUCGGGGACAGAUAGCUCCCCAGAAAAGAGGUCUCCGCCACCACCAUCCACAACUCCCUGCCUCAACAAUUUCCUCUCCAGCAUGACAGCUUACAUGAACGGGUCUAAUUCGGUGAGCCGCUCAAUGCCUCUGGGACUUGGCACUGAUGCUGGGGACAAAAUGGGACAGAAUAUGGUAGGCUUCAAUUCCUACUCUCCUCUUCCCAGCCACGGGGGUGGAGAGUGGUCCAAUUCCAUGUCCUCUGGUCAUCUUGGCUAUAGUGGUUCAGUUCUCAACCAGUUCAAUACCAGUUUCUACAACAGCCUUGCUGUCAGUAAUACUCUGUAUGCAAGAGAGGGAACUGAAGUGUAA